AAACAUUUAUUUUGAAAACCGGAAGUGCACUGUGUACCUUACCAGUGAUUCUCGCAGCAGCCGACACGCACACACGUGGAUAAUGGAGCUCAGAAAAGCAGGAUUUUAACCAGAACUUUACAUCCAGAUCCACAAGAACACACACACACACACACACACACACACAUCCUCCUGAACUACAGGAACCGAGAUGAAGGGGAAAGAGAAGCAGCAGCCGCGGCGGCCGGAGACGAAGAAGAAGAACGUGGCGACGAGCAGCAGCGACGACGAAGACUCCGACGUGGAGAGGAACUUCGCUCUGCUCACCGAGAGAGGAAGAGGAGCGCAGGAGGGAGAGGAAGAGGAAGAACUCAGCCGUGAUGAGGAGGAGGAGGAGGAAGUAGAAGAAGGAGAAGAUGGGUCAGAUGAGGGAGAGGAGGAGGAGGAGGAGGAGGAGGAGGAGGGAGAGGAAGAGGAAGAGGAAGAGGAGGACGGAGAGAGUGAAACCUCUGAGGAUGAGGAGGGUGAUGGUGUUGAUGAAGAGCCAGAGGAGGCUGGCGGCAGCGGGGAGAUCCAGACGACAGACGACAUUAAAACAGAGCUCUCCAACAUGUCCUUCGAGGAAAUCAUGAAGCUGCAGAACAAAGUGGGGACCAAAGUAUACAACCAGGUCGCCUACGGCAACAACCAGAGAGGAGGGACCACCGGCAGGAAGAAACGCCUCAACAAGAACAGGCCCAUGGAGAUUUCAGCCAAGAGACCAGCUCCAUUCCUUCGUCAGGUCGUCUCCGUCAAGAAACCGACGCUGAGAGAUCCUCGGUUCGAUGACCUGUCCGGAGAAUACAAACCGGAGAUCUUCGAGAGCACGUACAAGUUCAUCAACGAGAUCCGCGGCCGAGAGAAGGAGAUCGUCCAGAAGCAGCUGAAGAGGACCAAGAAGGACAACAAGAAGAAGGAGAAACUGCAGUUCCUUCUGAAGAGGAUGGAGAACCAGGAGCGAGCGAGGCAGAGCCGCGAGCAGCAGCGAGAGAGAGAGCUGCACUUCAAGAGGCUGCAGAGAGAGCGAGCCAAUCAGGGCGCACGGCCGUUCUUCCUCAAGAACUCGGAGAAGAAGAAGCUGCAGCUGGCGGAGAAGUACCGGGAGCUGAAGAAGAGCGGCAAACUGGACAACUUCCUGAGCAAGAAGAGGAAGAGGAACGCCGGGAAGGACCGCAGGAAGCUGCCCCGACAGCCGCACGCCGCCACCGCUCAGUAACACUCCGCCACCGCUCAGUAACACAACGCCAACGCCUAGAGACACAACGCCCAGAGACACAACGCCCAGAGACACAACGCCCAGAGACACAGCG